UAGCUUGGUUGAUUUUUUUGUGCACAGGAGGAAGACGUAUAAAGUUUCAUUUGUAUUAUUUAUUUAUUAAUUAUAUUGUUAAGAGUGUUAUUUUAUUUAUGUACCAGGCUUGUUUGUACAUCGAUCGGAUAACUUUUGUUCUUUAGGUUUUCUUAUCAUGGAGAUAUUUGCCAGUCCAACAGAACCAUUUUUCAAUUCAAAAGGGGCAAGUGUUUCAUCAGAGGUUUUAGAGGAGAUGCUACAAAAUUUAGCCAAAGAAAAUGAGAAAAAAAUGAAAAGUAUUAUACCAAACCAAAACUGCUUCAAAAAACAAAAGAAACCUGUUGAGUUUAUAUUUCUGAUGUGUGAAAAGCUUAAACAACCUUCUGAAGCAAAGUACAUGGCUGUGGAUAUAUUCAACAGAUUUAUGGUAAACCAGGUGUUUAGUCUUUACGAAUAUGUAAUGAAUAGUUCAUCCUACACUCACAAGAAGCAAGACUGGCAGAACAUCAUCAAUAAACUGAAGAAACAAAUGACGCUUAGAAUGCUCUCCUGUCUCCAAGUGGCUAGUAAGCUGUGUUCACAUUAUAAGUCUUUAACAGCUAAAAAGUGCCACAGAAUCUUAAAUGAAAUUGGACUGACCUACUCGCUGGACAGUAUACUGCAGUCCGAGCUAUGUGUUCUCAAGACUUUACAGUACGAACUAAAUACAGUUUCACCCUUUACCUAUGUAGAAAUCAUUCUAGAGGUUAUUGCUCAUAAUGAUGAUACGAUUGCGGUGAAGCCUCUUCAUGACAUCAGCUUGAAGAUAAUGGACUUGGCUUACUUGAGAAGACAGUGUAUUUAUGAACAGCUAUUUGUAACUGUCACCGGCCAAGCAUGUAUCUACAAGCAAGACAGGAUAAAGUUUGCGCCGGUUGAGAAUGAUUUGAUGUUGUUCGCUGUUGCCAUCAUAGCUGCAUCAUCAUACGUUGCAGAUCAGAGCACAAGUGAUAAGGUAAUUAAUCAUUUGGAGAAGAUAACCGGAAUCUCUACAGAGGACAUUUUAAUGUUUGCGGACAUUUUGCUUCGCAAUUAUGUUGAUGUUCUACAAGAGUGUACGACUUCUAAGAACCAGGCUAAGUGAAGUGUCAUGAUGCAGGUGAUUUGAAGGUUGUGUGGAUAGUGGAUGAGGUUGGAACCAGCUGUAUAGUAUUUAUUGAGAUUAAUCCAUGUGCUGUAAAUUUUUACAGCACAUUAUUUUUAUCUGAGAUACAACAUAUCAUAUAUAUAUAAACUAACUUUUAUUCAAAUAGACAAUAAUAUUUACCUAGUCUAUUUUAAUUAUAAAUGUAUUAAUUGAUUCUCAGAGAUAUCUAAAUACUUACCAAAAAAAAAAAAAAAAUAGAAGCAGUUAAAACAUAUGUCCACGUCUAUUAUAAAAAGUGAUCAUUAUGAUUAUAAAAAAUGACGUACAAAUAUAAAGCGAUAUGAAAAUAUCUGUAUGAAAUUAGUUAGUAUAAAAAUGUAGAUAAGGACAGCCAAAAGAGUAAAAAAACCAUCUUUUUAUGAAACAGCAAGUAACGAUAUAGUAAGUCUGUUGUAAAUUUUGAAGUAGCAUAUUUUUCAGCAAUAUGAAAUGAAUAAUUUUUUUGUAUGUUAAUGAAUAUUAAAUUUAUGAUUUUGUAAUCAAAAGUUAAUUACUGUUAAGUAAAGCUCAGUUGUUUUCAGUUAAAUUUUUAAGAUUUUUGUUAGUUUUUUUAUUUUAUAUAUUCAUGGAUAUUUAUUAACAUAAAGAAAGAUACAUUGAUUAUAUUUUAUUAAAUGUGUAAUACAACAAACAUAAGUUGGUGUGUAUGUAUCAAAGUGCAAUAAACAAUCACAGUGGUUUUAAACAAAGUUUGCAUUGGUUUUAACAUUGUACUCGGAGAAAGACAAAUUAUUUGAGAGAAAAAUCAUAUACAUAUAUUGCUAUAUAUUUGUUCUUGCAUAACAAAGGACAUGAGGUGGACUGCUAUGAAACAGUCUUAAACAGGUAAUCUUAACUGAUCAGACCACGGUAUAGCAAUGGUCUAUAAUUAUAGACCUGCAUCCGUGUCAUGAUAAUAGCUGACUAAGCGUUAAGACCGUAGAUAGGAUGUGUAGAGCAAUCUACUCUUGGAUAUUAACAGAUUGCGUUUCUAUAAAAGUUGACCAAUUCAUAAAAUGAAUGAAUGAACUACAGAACGUCGCAAUACAAGUGGUAGUUUUCAUUUUUUCAUAUUGAAAGGUAUGUAGUGUAUCAAUGGAAUGCACUUUGCUCUACAGAGCUUAACAUGCCUCAUUCUCAAAAUCUAGGGUUCAAAUCAUAUGAAAUGAAACAAGAAUGUCUGUCAGACUCUUAAUGGUUGGCAAUGGUAAACUGACUUCAUUCCCUGAAAUGUUUAUCACAUUAUAUACUCCUUAUUGUAUUUCAUGUUGGAUGUGAGGAAAAUUAAAUAAAAGCAGUGAGUUGAAAAAUGUUAUAACCUGGAACAUCACAGAUAAUGCUAAAUUUCCUAUUGAGCUAUAAUGAACCUAUUGGCUGUUAGUGAUGCAAGUAAGAGGUACCUUGGUCAUUUUGAAAUACUUUACAAAACAAUAUACUGUACCAUAAUUCCUCGGGUAUAAGCCCAAAUUGGAUAUAACCUCCUACCCAAUUUUAUGCACCAGUCUUUCCUUGGGCAAAAGCCUAUAGUAUAAUUAAAAUGAGUAGGUUAGCUGACUUUGAUAAAUAUCAUGCAAUGCUGAAAAUUUACAUUUUGAUUGAAAAAACAUUUUGUGUUUAAUGGUGGUGGGUUUAUACCAGAUAAAAUACAGUAACUGAAAAGAAAAAAAAAUAUUUGUGAA